AUGGAAAGACUACCAGAAGGAUGUAUAUCUGACAUCCUAUCUCUAACAUCACCUGCAGAUGUGUGUCGGUCUAGUCUGGUUUCAACUCUUUUUAAAUCUGCAGCUGAUUCGGAUGCUCUCUGGGAGAGAUUUCUACCGGCCGAUUAUCAAGACAUCAUUUCUAGAGCAUUGCAUCCUUUUCCAUCAGCUGCACUAUCUAAGAAAGGCUUAUUUUAUCGCCUAUCCGAUAACCCACUUCUCAUUGAUGGUGGUCUUAAGACCUUUCAGUUGGAAAAAUCUAGUGGAAAGAAAUGUUUCAUGCUUGGAGCAAAGGAGCUUGGAAUUGCUUGGGGAGACAAUCCUAACCACUGGCGUUGGGAAGGUUACCCUGGAUCCAGGUUUCCUGAGGUGGCCGAACUUCAAUGGGUAUGCUGGUUUGAUAUCCGUGGGAAGCUUGAUACCAGAUUGCUAUCACCAAAGACCUUAUAUGCAGCUUACCUUGUGCUGAAGUUUAAGGAAAGGGCAUACGGUUUUAGUAACCAAACUGUAAAGGCCAGAGUCGAGGUCGUCGGAAGGGCUGGUGGUAAUAGUAGUGUGUGUAGCGAGGAGAUACUUAUCUACUUGGAUCCCAACGGUGAGGGGGGUGAACAUUUUGCACGGGAGAGAGGAGAUGGUUGGAUGGAGGUUGAGAUGGGUCAUUUCUACAACGAAGAAUUAGAAGAAGAGAACGACGAGGGUGGAGAGGUGCAUAUGUCUGUGCUUGAGACUGAGAGGUUAGGAACCAAGCGUGGCCUUGUUGUCCAAGGUGGGCAUACAAAUUCCAACUUGAAAUUAGAAAUUUUAAAAGUUGAUAUAAGAUCAAUUACUAAAACAGAAGAAGAUACUUUUUUGUCCAGUCAGAUGGCAUCAACUGAUCUUGCUGCAGUUUCGACUUCUUGUGCAAAGAUUGCAUCUGCUGGAACAAUGGAAUCAAUAGAGUUCGCCUGA